CUCAUAAACCUUAUAAAAAUAAAAUAAAACUGCGCCUUUUCAAUUCCUUAAUGAUAAAGCUCCAUACUGGAAAUUCCUCACAGAAUUUCCAUCUUCCUCUUUCUCAACAUAGCCCAUCAAAAGAGAAGAGAGAUCCAAAGGAUCGGAACUUCUGAAUCACCACUGCUUUCUUCAUCACAAGGCUCGAUCUUUUCUCUGAUCGAUCUAACGCUAGCAGGGAGAAAAGAAAUUAAUCCAGAUCAUAGAAAUCAAGAUCUAAUUUCAUUUGCAUGGACGCCGCUCAGUGGUCAAAGGAAGCAGCUGUAGCGGAGACGGCGGCGACGAAGGCUCCGGCGAUCUCGGAGAGAAAAAAUCGUAGGAAGAAUGAUCAGAAACAGCUUAACUGCCCUCGCUGCAACUCAAAUAAUACUAAAUUCUGUUACUAUAACAACUACAGCCUCACACAGCCACGUUACUUUUGUAAGACUUGCCGCCGUUAUUGGACGGAAGGUGGGUCCCUCCGUAACAUCCCCGUCGGCGGCGGCUCACGGAAAAACAAACGGUCGAUAACUGCCACGUCAUCAUCUACACCUUCUUCUUCUUCCAUGCAGAACCACCCAAAGUUCAGUAGUACUGAUCAAGUACGGGAUCUGAACCUUGGGUUUCAACAAGGCGGAGGAUCUGGGUUGCCGGAGCUGGGGAUUUUGAGGGGUGGAGGGAUGUCAGGGAGACAGAUGGGAAGUAAUUUCAUGCACGAGGUUUUCGGGUUGCAGGAAUUAGGGUUAGGGUUUCAGGUUGGUGCAGGUGGAGCUACAGAUCAUGAUGAAGGAAGAGUUUUGUUUAGCUCAAGUGCUCCUCGUGAUGGGAUUUUGGGUCAGAAUAGAGGGCUGGGAGGAGAGACGCAGGGGUUUUGGAAUGGGAUGAUGGGCGGUGGAGGAAGUUGGUAGACGAAGAAAGAUAGAAAAGUGAAGAAGAAGAACAUGAAUUGAAGUACUGGUUCGUGAAUAAUUAGGGUUUGUGUUAUUUUAUGCUGUUUGUUUGGCUUUGAGGGUGAGUUACAGAGAUUUCUUAGUUGAUUUGGAGUUUGUUUUCUUCUCACUAACACAGCUAGCACAGGAGCCAUAUAACUCUUUAGCUAGUGUUUCUUUCUUAUAUUGCCAUUGUUAUGGGCAAAAUGAAGCUUUUUUUUUUAUUUAGGCUUCGAAGGUGUAUUCUCUAAUUAAAGGUAUUUGCUUAGUGAAAGUUGGAUUUGGUGAAGGGUUCAAAUCAAAAGAUCGGGACUGCUUUUGGUUUCUAUUUUAUAUAUAAAAGGUUUGUAAUGUAGCAAAAAAUAAAAUAUUUAUGACUUCAUAUAUAUUUUUUA